GGGCCCGUGCGGCCCGGCCUCCCUGUGCCCCUUUCCUCGCCGCUGGCAGGGCUCACCCGACCCAUCCGCAUCAGGGAGCCCCCGAAGCCUAAGCAGGUGGAUCGGUGGACGGAAAAACGGGCCUUGUUCGGGGUCUACGACAACGUGGGGAUCCUGGGUAAGCUAGCCCGCACACGCUCCGCGCCGGGGCGCCAGGGCAGGAGGGGAGGGAGGNNNNACGAGCUGCAGAGGUGCAUCCGCAAGAAGAAAGUGGUGGGAGAUCGGAUGUUUGUAGAGGACUACCACAACCUCAAGAAGAGGAUCCGCUUCUUGUACAAGCGCUUCAAUCGCUAUGGGAAGCACCGCUAG